AUGGACGCGUUCUCCGGCUACAAUCAGAUACUUAUGCAUCCGGAAGACCAGGAGAAAACAUCCUUCAUGACAUCCAGAGGGAUCUACUGCUACAAGGUUAUGCCGUUCGGCCUAAAGAACGCAGGAUCAACCUAUCAACGGCUGGUGAACAUGAUGUUCGCAGACAAAAUCGGAAGAACCAUGGAGGUCUACAUCGAUGACGUGCUGGUCAAGUCCCUGGAGGCGGAAGACCACAUAUCUCACCUGCAGAAAGCCUUUUCCACCCUUAAGAAGUAUAACAUGAAGCUCAACCCAGCUAAAUGCUCAUUCGGGUUCAGUUCUGGCAAGUUCCUCGGGUACAUUGUAACCCACCGGGGCAUCGGGGCCAACCCGGAGCAAAUCAGGGCCAUUCACUCAAUCCCUUCCCCAAAGAACGUCAAGGAGGCUCAUCCAAUCGUGGUUGUUACCUCCUUCCCUGUAAAGUUGGUCCUCCACAAACCAGAAGUCUCCGGACGCCAAGCCAAAUGGGCCGUGGAACUAGGGGAGUACGACGUAAUAUUUCGACCCGCCACAGCUAUAAAGUCACAGGUUCUAGCAGAAUUCGUGGCUGAAUUCUCCCCUGCCUUGCUCCCAGCUUUGGAGCAGGAGGUACGCCUCCGAGGCAAAACUAAGGAAGAGGGAGAAUGGAUCCUUCACGUUGAUGGAUCCAGUAACGCCAGAGGAGCUGGAGUGGGGAUAGUGCUUACUUCGCCAACAGGGGACACGGCCUCAAGGGCCAUGAGAUGCAACUUCAAAGCAACCAAUAACGAGAGCAAGUAUGAGGCCCUAAUCGCAGGUCUAACCCUUGCCCACCAAACGGGGGCAGAGAAUAUCCAAGUCUUCGGCGACUCCCAGCUAAUAAUCAACCAGCCCGAUGAGUAUCCCUUUGCUCGUGCUCCAAUGGCCAGCUACCUUGGAGGAAGCCCCGUCAGAGGAGGUCUCUGCUGUCGAAGAGGGCGAAACCUGGAUUACCCCCUUAUUCCGGUACCUGGAGGCCGACCUCCUCCCGGAAGACCGCAACGAGGCCAGGAAGAUCAAGUAGCUGUACCGGAGAUCUUUCUCUGGCCCGUACCUGAGGUGUGUCACACCCCGAGAAGCCGCUAG